AUGGCUCUGAGUGAUCACGAGUAUCUUCGUCUUAAGGCGAUAGAUAAGACAACGGUGUUCGAUGAAUCGAUGGUAGAUUUCUGGCUACGUCGAGGUUCCGAGAGCAAAGAAGCAGACUCAAUUGCUCGGAGGGAUAUCUACCGCCGUGUCCUGGAGCACAUCGAUGAUCCGCAGGAUCUAGUUCAUGCUUUAGAUCAUUUUGAGUUGCCAGAAUUCGUGCAGAGUGUGUAUGAGAAGCUCGCCUACGCAUUCACCCUUUCGUCGAUUAUCCUGCCGAGCUGGGUCAGUUAUCAUAGCGAGAAGCCUCCGCUACACUACUCCUACGGUCUCCAUCGCCGCUGCUCCUCCCUAACCGACAUCUGCGAACCUUUCCCCCAAUACGAAGACUGCCAUGGUGAAGACCGCUAUUUCUGCUCCAUGUGGCGGAGCGUCGGCUUCCUCAUGACCUUUGCCGUUGUUCUGAUGUCGCUCGGAAUAGUCGCAUAUGUGAUAAUUCUCUCCGGAGGGAAGAAAUUGCGCGAAACCGGUUGGGGCGUGCUGAGUACGAUUAUUGUCUUGUCAGUUGCGGUGCAGGUGGCUAGUAUGGCUUUGAUUGCGUAUCUUUUUGACAAUGAUGAGCGUUUCUUUGUCGGUUGGCAACUCGACAAGUCAUUUGCAUUCUGCACUGUUAGCUGGUGCAUUUCGCUUUUCUGCGCCGUCGCUAUCGUCGUCGCGGCACGUACCUUACCUUCAGAGGGUGGCUAUGAGCUCGUUCCGGGCUUCGGAUAUGACGCCGAGGAGGUGAACUGA